AUGCAUCGUGACUUUGACCUGAGCUUCCGGAAGAAAGGGACGAGCAGCUAUAUAAAGCGGGGCUCCAAGCACAAUCUUGUCGUUGGAAUAUGUUUAGCACAAGCAAGUUACUUGUCACCUGUUAAUGGAAAUGUUUUUUCUCUAAAUGGAAAUGGAUAUACUAAUGGCGUAAAUGGCAAUGGAGUUUACAGAAACGGCAAUGGGAAUGGUGCAUAUACAAAUGGUAUAAAUGGGAAUGGUGUAUAUACAAAUGGCAAUGGCAGAAAUGGAAAUGGUUAUGGCGCAUUUUCAAAUGGAAAUGGAAACCGCGCAUAUUCUAAUGGAAAUGGAAACGGUGCAUAUUCUAAUGGAAAUGGAAACGGUGCAUAUUCUAAUGGGAAUGGGAACGGCGCAUAUUCUAAUGGGAAUGGAGGCAUAAAUGGUAACGGUGCGUACACCAAUGGAAACGGGAAUGGAGCCUACGGAAAUGGGAAUGGAAUCAGCGUGUACGCCAAUGGCAUUGUGGAUCCCUUCAGAGCUCUGGCUGACGCCAUAGGCGGUGGAGGCGUCCCAGGUGUGGACUACCCCAUCCUGGCCUUCGUCCCCGACACCGGGUUCUCGUGCAACGGCCAACUGCCUGGAUAUUACGCUGAUACUGCGCCUGAGGCUGGAUGUCAGGUGUUCCACAUUUGUCAGGCAGGAGGCAGAAUCGACUCGUUCCUUUGUCCCAAUGGCACAGUGUUUAAUCAGCAAUACUUCGUGUGCGAUUGGUGGUACAACUUUGACUGUUCGACGGCUGAACAGUUCUACGGUUUGAAUGCUGAGAUUGGUAAUUUCAAUGGAAAUGGAUACACAAACGGCAAUGGUUAUAAUGGAUACACCAACGGAUAUACCAACGGUAUUGGUAACGGGAGUGGAUACAGAAAUGGGAAUGGGUAUACAAAUGGUAAAGCCAAUAGAUACACCGGUAAUGGGAACAGAAACGGUAAUGGUUACACCAACGGCAAUGGCAACGGAAAUAGCUACAGCAAUGGCAACGGUAAAAGAAACGGCAACGGCAACGGGUUUACCAACGGAAAUGGGUAUAAGAACGGCAACAGAAAUGGAUACAGCAAUGGGAAUGGAAAUGCUAACGGCAAUGGUUAUGGGAACGGCUACGUCAACGGAAAUGGCAAAGCCAAUGGAAAUGGCAGAGCGACGUAUGUUUCAGCCCCGAUUUUCCUUAUUUCCUUGCACUAA